AUGGCCGACGAGCCUCGCAAGCGGUCGCGCUUCGACCAGACCGAGCCUGAGCCAAAGCGGCCCUCGAGAUUCGACCGCCGCUCCCGCAGCCCAUCCGCGAAGAAAUCCGACUCCAGACGCAGCCGGAGUCCCAUAGCCCGUGGUAGCGGUAGUCCCGCGGGCAAGAGUGAUCCCGCUGCCGCUGCCGCCGCCGCCGCAGCGCGCAUCAACGCCCAGAUCCAGGCGAAGAAGGGCAUUCAGCACGUCGAUGUCCCUCCAAUCCGCUCCACCGGGAGUCCGGCCGCUGUCAAGUCCCCGUCCACCUCCGGCCCCGUCUCCGGCGAAGUCUACACGCAGGAUGGCGAUUAUAUCAAGGAUAUCGAGGUCAACGACCUGCGAAACCGUUACACACUGACCAAGGGCCCGACUCAGAAAAUGAUCAAAGAGGAGACUGGCGCCGAAGAUGUCACAACCCGAGGCGAAUACUAUCCGGAUAAGAGCAUGGCUACCGCCGCGGCGCCGCCGCUUUACCUUCACGUUACCAGCACCACUAAGGAAGGUCUCGAGAAAGCCGUAGCGAAGAUCGAAGAGCUCAUGAGGCAAGAGCUUCCCAACCUGGUCGACGAGCGACGCUUCCGCAGGCGUGAGCCUGAGCAGUUCGAGCGCGAUGAGUUUGGCAGGCGGAAAUGGCCCGAAGAACGCAUUCCUGUCGAUCUAGAACCCAUCCCAGGUUUCAAUCUGAGGGCUCAGGUUGUUGGACACGGCGGCGCAUACGUCAAGCAUAUCCAGGCGGAGACUCGCUGCCGUGUACAGAUCAAAGGUCGUGGUUCGGGUUUCUUGGAUAAUGCCACUGGUCAGGAAAGCGACGAGCCGAUGUAUCUGCAUGUUGCCGGGCCAGAUCCGAACGAAGUCAAGCGCGCCCGCGACCUCUGUCUCGACCUCCUCGACAAUGUAAAGCAGCAAUACGAGCGCUUCAAAGAGCGGGGCCCAUCCCAUGACCGUGGUUACGGCGGCGGCGGCGGCGGUGGCUACCAAAACGGCGGACAUCGUGGCAGCUACAACGACCGCCAGCAGCAAGACAGCUACAACGGCGGCUACAGCGGCGGUUACGGAGGUGCCCAGUCCCCUCACGCUGCUGGAUCGGCCAUGAGUCCAGCAGCCCCGACCCCCGGCACCCCAGCAAGUGCCACGCCCGGUGGCGACUACGCGGCUCAAUAUGCGCAGUAUUACGGCGGCCAAGAUCCUUAUGCUGCGUAUGGUGGGUAUCAGAACUACAUGAAUUUGUACUACCAGUACUAUCAGCAGCAGCAGCAGCCGGGGGGUAUGCAGUCUCCGCCCCCAGGUGCUGGCGCUGGCGCUGGGCCGCCUCCGCCGCCGCCGAGUGAAGCUCCGCCACCUCCUCCGCCUGGGGGGGCUGCGCCGCCGCCGCCGCCUGGUGGGCCGCCGAGUGGGGGUUAUAAUGCGGUAUAUUAUCCUAUCUGGUGGUGUCUAGCGGGAGCGGGCUAA